CUAACGAGUGGCAAUUACAAACAUAAAUAUACACAGAGCGUUGGGAAUAUUGAGCUAAGCACAGAGGAGGCAGCGAAGAUGGAGAUGUCGUAUCAGCGCUUCCCGACUGUGAAAAUACGAGAGGUAAAAGAUGAUUACUUGAAAUUCGAGCUGCGGAACACAGACGUGAGCAUCGCGAAUGCCCUGCGGCGAGUGAUGAUUGCAGAGGUGCCGACUAUCGCCAUAGACCUGGUGGAAAUCGAGAACAAUUCGUCAGUGCUCAAUGACGAAUUCAUCGCGCACAGGCUGGGCCUCAUCCCGCUCACCUCCAAGCGCGCAAUGGAGAUGAGCUUCUCGCGCGACUGCGACCGGUGCGAUGGCGACGCGCGGUGCGAGAACUGCUCUAUUGAAUUCACCCUCCACGCCAAAUGCGAGGGUGACCAGACCCUCGAUGUCACCAGCUUAGACCUCACGUCCUCUGAUGAUGAUGUCGCUCCUGUUGACCGUGCUUCCGGCGACUACGGUCUGACCGAACAGAGGGGCAUAAUCAUAGUUAAACUUCGACGCGGUCAGGAGUUGAAGCUUCGUGCCAUAGCCAGGAAGGGUAUCGGCAAGGACCAUGCCAAAUGGUCGCCGGCUGCAACGGUCACUUUCAUGUACGAGCCUGAUAUUCAUAUCAAUGAGAAUUUGAUGGAGAGCCUAACCCUUGAGGAGAAGCGAGACUGGGUUGAUAGCAGUCCUACAAAGGUUUUUAAAAUUGACGAAGACACCCAUCAGGUGGUUAUACAUGAUGCGGAAGCUUACUCUUAUGAUGAUGAGGUCAUUAAGAAAGCAGAGGCAAUGGGAAAGCCAGGAUUAGUGAGUAUUACUGCUAAAGAGGAUAGUUUUAUAUUCACUGUUGAAUCUACAGGAGCAAUCAAAGCUUCCGAGAUGCUUAUUAAUGCUAUCGAUGUCCUGAAACAAAGACUUGAUACUGUUCGUCUAUCAUUGGAUACUGAAGAAGGUGAUGAUCAGUUUGGUGAAUUAGGGGCACACUUGCGAGGGGGAGCAUUGUAGUUUGGCAUGUCUUAGUAACAUUUCAGUGCUGCUCAAUUUUGUAUCAAUUAGUACCCCUUUUAGUCUCGUUUUUGACAGGAUGAAAUUCCUAAUGCCAUGUCCUCUUAGAAGAAUCCGAUACAGCAUUGAAAAUGCUAGAGACAGGGGAGUGUAUAUGAAUGUAUGCCUCAAUGUAAGAUUACUAAUGUUGACUCGUCAUCCAGAUACUUGCACGCCAGUGAAAGUUGAAACAUUUUGAUAACUAUAGGCUUUUGGAAAUACCUGGUACAAUGUGACGAUUAUAAAAAUGAUUGAAUGCAUCCUUUCUUAUAA